AUGUCUGCCGAUGGGGGAGAACAUGCACGACACGGGAACGACAGUGCACAUCUUGAAAAGAGCAAGCCGGACCCGACUGGUUCGCAGUUCAUGACAGAUGAUCCAAACACAGUGGAUAUGGGACAUAGUGAUAUUGAACUUCGAGUUAAUAAUACUAUAUUCAAGACACAUAAGCACUUCCUGUGCAAGUUCGCACGUUUCGAAGAAAUGAUUCAGAACAUGAAGCCCCACGAUUUUUCAACCUCUACUCCAUACAUCACCAUAUGUCGAGACGAUCGCGGAGUCAGUGAUGUUAGUAACACAUUCAAGAUAAUUUACGCCUCAGUUAUCGAUGGUCCAUUCAGCUUCGAUGUUCCUAUACUUAUAUCAGCACUCCGAGUCUCGAGUGUUUACGGUUUCGACAACUUGCGUGCCUUUGCUAUCCGAAAUCUUGAGAAAGCGUCCCUUGUGCCCAUUCAGCGCAUCCAACUUGCUCGCGAAUUUGGACUCUCGUCCUGGGAGGGGCCAGCAUAUAAAGAGCUUUCAGAGCGAGAAGCAGCGAUAACUGAGGAGGAGGCACAGGUAUUGGGAUUCGCCGCUUUUACCAAAGUGGCUCGGGAACGAGAGGAGGCGAUGAUGAAAAGGGGAAAGGUUUUGGGCGAGCAAGAGCACAAAGAUAAACUAAAAAAGGAGCAGGAGAAGGUAAAGAAAGAGGCAGAAGGCAAAGCAAAGAAGGUUGCCGAAGAAAAACAAAGAAAGAAGCUGAAUAAUUGGUUGGAGUACAAUGAGGACCUUUGA